CUUUUUUUCCCCCAUCGACAUGUUUUGAUUCAGAGAAUUGGAUGGAGUUGGGGUUCUCCUUCUCCCCUCCCUUUUCCUGCACCACCAUCUCCGGCCUUACCGCAAUCACCAAUCAGCAAUUCCAGAUCCCUACUCCUCGGAUUCUCACCAGUGGACAACAAGGGCCAACAAGGCACAGCUAGGCCACAACUUGGUUCUUCUAGUCGGUCCCCGCUCCGAAUCCUCUCAUUGGGACGACGGUUACAGUUGCCGACACCGAAACUAAAAAGGCCCAGAGCGGAUACAUGCUCCAAAGGCCAAUGGAUACUCACAUUUAUACACCGAUAUCACAGCGCGGCGCGUCGGUUGACAAACAACGAUUAUCCCGUCCAUCUCUAUCAGAGAGAUUCGUGGACGGAGGAGAGGGGAUCAGAAAACAGAUCCGAAUACGACGCGGACCCUACAGGAGUCUAUCUCGAGUCCACGACCCAUAGCCAUGGAUGGGAGGAGGAAAGCAAAUGCGCACUAGGGACAACGGAGCUGUCCUUGUCCUCGGGCUUUCGAAUAAAAUGAUUCCGAGGGAGGCGGUGACAUUGCCAACGAUAGGCGAGGAAGAAGUAAAGUUUCGGAUGCGGGAGGUUAUUGGGGCAGAAACAACGGGGUCGAACGGGGUCGUUCUUUCCCGAGGAAGGAAGUCUGCGAAAGCUUGCAUCCAGUACGGUAUCUCUCCGAGACUCCAUCUCGCUCGCACCGCGCUUUCCAUUUUCUUGCAGCCAAGCAUCCUCUUUGCUGUCUUUUUCUCCGUGGCGAAAAAAGAAAUGGUACCCAACUAUCAUUGAAUUGAAUUUGGAGGUGGAUUGGUCACUGGACAGACAGCAUUGCGAUCAUCCUUCUUUCUUUCUUCUCCGCCUCCAGACCGCCGCCUCGACAUUGUACCUACUGCUACGCGCAGCAUAUGCCGCAUCACAGAGGGACACGACGACACAUCACAUAUGCUUGUGGUAGCCGAGGCAUCAUCGUUUUCAGCCGCAGUCAUCGUCGGGAGUCAGCGUUUACUGCGCACUUGCUGCAAUUUGCACGAAUUUGGCUCUUGACACUCGAUUGACCUGCACGAUUCGUCGAAUUCAUCCUUUGGAUCAUAGAGGUAUGUACGUACACUACACAGUACCUGCCUACCUGUAAUGCGCCGCGCGGUGCCUUGGGAGGUUGGUGAUGGAGCCAAUGGGGCUUAGUAGGCUUCUGGUUAGUACCGUCGGCGAUGUACCGAGAACGACAAAGUCCAGUUGGACGGGCGUUCAAAAGCUCGGGAUGCUCUUUCCGUUCCUCUUGGCGAAGCUCACGUUUUAGGUAACCACUACAACUCGAGUGAGAACCCCUCAUCCACGUUAACAGUCCGGGCGGCAGUACCUGACUCGCUCAGUGUGUGCUUUUAUUUUGGGCUGUCAGUUUUGAGCAGUGGUUCGCAACUGAAAGAAUGGAUGCUUCUAUGGCACAGUGCGUUCCAUGAGCUGGGGACUGCUGGGUACUCCUUGCAGGGUUACCAUAAUCACCACCACAUGUUUCCUCACUAGCACUGCCAAUGCAAAUGUUUCAUCGC